UUUCUCUUCACCUGAAGGGACGCGCACUCCGCCAAAUGCUGAAGCGAUACUGUCGCUAAGCGAGAUAAGUUCCGCUUUCAUUUUAGAAAAUCGCUUUGGAGAUAAAACUGAUUCUGUGAGCGAUGGCGCUUUUAAUGGAUCAUCAGUUCACUGAGCUACGAGCUGAUGGGCAAGUGGAUACCAAGUCGUUUCUGGAAUCGGUCUCUUACCUCCCGCCCUUCUUCGACUGCCUUGGCUCCAAGGUGUUUGCACCGAUUAAAGCAGAUAUUGCUGGAAAUGUCACGAAAAUCAAGGCUGUGUACGACACUGAUCCGGCACGGUACGAAACCCUACAGCAGAUCCUGGAGGUGGAGAAGGAAGUGCAUCCAAAAGAGUGGCCCAAAGUGGGAGCAACAUUGGCACUGAUGUGGCUGAAGAGGGGCCUUCGGUUCAUCCAGAUUAUGCUCCAGAGCCUUGUAGAUGGUGAGAAGGAUGACAAGAACCCUAAUCUGAUUCGGGUCAAUGCUACCAAGGCGUAUGAGACGGCACUGAAGAGGUACCAUGGCUGGCUGGUUCAGAACCUUUUUAAGGAAGUUGAUGGAGGAGGAAAGGUUUAUGAGAAAGAGCAGCACUGUAUGCUGCACCGUAUAAGACAGAUUUCCUCAAAGCCCUGUCCAAAGGUCAGGAGGUCAAGGAGGAAGACUGCUUGCAGCAGAUCCAACAAUUCCUGGUCAAUUUUACAGCCGCUGUGGAUGCCAUUUACACCAUGUUCAACACAAUGAACGCAGAACUGGACUACACUGUGUGAGCACUGCGUUCCUUCCAGACUUUAUCCUGCUUCAAUUAGCAUCGAUUGCUUCCUCAUCGUGCCUCAGGUUAUAGUUGUGGAGCCCUACACAUUUCGGAGCUGCCCAGCUCUAUUUUCACUGUACGUGGGUGUUAGUGGUGGUAGUGUCGCUCUUUAGCCGAAGGUCUACCACUGUUCACAUUCAUUUGCCAGCUUGUCUUCGCCCAUCUGACUCCCCCAUGUUUCGCCUGCUGUAGAAGGUACCAGCUCCCAAGAAUACUAUAAACUAGGGGUACAAGAACUGAAUUGGUACAAAAAGCAAAACUUGAAUUUUAACUUGAAUGGGGCUGUAGUUGAAAUGUGAGGUGUUUUUAAAAAAUGACAGUUGAAGUGUGUGGUAAUUGAGUACUUGUUGUUUUUAAUAUUUGAAAUGUUAAAUUAUUAAAUUUUUUUGGAGUAACUGGAGUUAUAGAAAUUAGAGAAAAAAUCCUUCACAAUGGACAUAAUAUCCUAAAAGAACCUCAGCUAUCACCAUAAGCAGAACUUAUACCAGGAGUGGAUGGUCUGUUUCUCAGUUAGGGAAAGUCAGCUGUUGAUGUUGAGUUUUUGAGGAACAUUAAUACCUGUUGCAGUACUUGUGGUCAGUCCCAAUAUCUUCUUUUUUUUUUUUUU